ACAAGAUAUAUACACCCCUGGCUGUAUGAGUUCUGCCUCUCCUCCUUACCCUUAUCUGCUCGACUGCUCUGAUACCUCUUGCGUGGGCAUCUCUCACAGAAAUGAAUCCCCUGGGCAUCACUGUGGUUCUGGUACUACUGGUGGGGGUCUGGGCUCAGAUCAAUGUGCUACGACCUCAGUGUGACUCCCCUGAGGCAGAGGAGGCUGCUCUGGUGGCUCAGGAUUACCUCAAUGCCCAGCACACUCAUGGCUACAAGUAUGCCCUGAACAGGAUCGAAGACAUCAAAAUCCUUACUAAGCCUGAUGGAGACAACACAUAUGUCCUGGAAGUUGACCUGCUGGAGACAGACUGUCAUGUGUUGGACCCCACACCUCUUGCCAACUGCACAGUCAGACCCAAAAUAUUGACGGCAGUAGAAGGAGACUGUGAUGUGGUGCUGAAGAAGGUUGGCGGAGCUCUGACUGUCACAGCAUUCAAGUGUAAAACAGAUGAAUCAACAGAGGACCUGUGCGUGGGCUGUCAUACCCUCCUUCCCCUAAACGACACCAUAGCACUGGACUUUGUCCAUGCCUCUCUGGCAACCUUCAACAACAUGACUGUGAAUGUAACAUACACUGUUCUGGAGGUUGGAAGAAUGUCAUCACAGGUUGUCUCCGGUGGGCCAAUCUAUUUUGCAGAAUAUGUUGUAGUUGAGGCUAAUUGCACUGAUGAUGCCUGUGUGCCCUUAAAUGACGCCAUGGCUGUACGUGGUAUUUGUUCUGCCAAAGGUUCCAACGCUGAUCACACAGUGGACUGCAAGAUGUUCCCCAAUCUGAUCCCUGUUGUAAAUGCCAGCAGCACUGCAGCUGCUGACUUGCCACCAGUGGUCCAUGUACAUACAGGCAGCCUGUCCCCCAAGCACGGUCUGAGACACCACAAACUGACUGCUCUCCAUGACCCUCAGCUAAGCGGCCUUUUGUCUGCAGAAUCAGCAGAGUCAGAUGAAGUUGUACGCGUAGCUCCGGCAGUGGUUGCUAUUACUGUUGCACCAGCUGCUGAUCCAGCUGUAGAUCCUGCUCCAGCUGUUGAUCCCACUCCAGCUGUUGACACUGCAUCAACCUCAGCCAGUGCUGAGGUCUCUGUUGUUGUGAAGAGAGAUGUACCUGCUGCACCCGCUGGCACCCCUGCACCCGCCGGCACCCCUGCAACUCAAAAAGACCCCAUUUCUUUUGUGCCAGUGUGCCCAGGGAGGGUCAGAUUCUUCUAAGUGUUCAGGUCCCACAGACUCUAUACUUUCAACUACACAGGUACUAGAAUAAUUACACAUAACUGAACAUGUCCUGUGAUAGGUAGAUGUAAUGCCACAUUUCCUACAAACAAGACUGUUAUGCUUUGCAAAACUCUUGAAAUUUCUGUAAAAUGGAUGAUCAAGAUUUGCAUUUGAUGCUGAAUAAAUCUCUCAAAUCAAA